UAGCACACACGUGGGAGAAACGAGAAGAGCAAUGGAAAGUGCAACACUAAAACUAUUAGUGAUAGGAAAUGAACAUUCAUUGUGAUGCUAUACAGACAGACGCCGGAUAGAUGAGUGCGUCAGGGUUGGGACUUGAUCUGGUAAACCUCCUCCCCCCUUCAUCGCACCUCUGAAAGCUGUAGUGUACAGCACCGAGACAACCAUUGAAUGAACGGGACCUUGGCGUAUCAGUUAUCAUCAUGAUGUAUUGAGAUGGCCUUACUGGUUUCAGAAAAGUCGCACUAAGGUUAUGUUUUUGGAGUAAAUGCGUAUGUGGUAAAACGCACACCAUGGCGCUUUAUGGACACAUACGAUUGUUGUCUGUUUUACUAGGAACAUUCCUGUCCUUCUGUCUCCUUCUUUAUGAGUGUAAAGAGCUGGAUGGCUACAAGUUUCCAGUAUAUUCAACAGAAUUAUGCCCCAGAAAUCAGACAGAGUGGAACGAGAGGUCGUCUGCUAUCAACUGUACCAAAGACAAUGGAUACUUGUGUUUCCCGAAUGAAAAGUUCACCCAGCUACUGGAGUUUUGUCAUAGAGCUCGUUUCAUAUGGAUACAGGAAGGUUAUUGUUUGUAUCUAAGAACAGAUGACUCGACGAUAUAUUCAUACAGCUGCAGUAGUUUCCAAUCCGGAUCCGAAUGUCACAAUUCUUCCUUUCCAUCAUAUGAUUUGUUUAAAUAUCCGAGUUGUACAUCAAUUGGAAAUGGUUGUUUCCUUGCCGAACCAUCUUGUAAAGGUAUUGACACAACAACUCAACCUCCAGAAACUACGAAAACAAUACAGGUGGCGAUUGCUUCUAUGAAUGCAAACAAAACACUUGAAAAGAAUGAAUUUGCCAUCAAUGAUGAAGUGACCGUGAUACCAAUACUUUACGGAGUACUGAUCUCUCUCUCCCUCUUCUGUAUUGCGUAUAUCAUUUAUAGGAGAGGUAUUCAACUCCGGAAAAGACGUGAUGACGAAGAACAACCAUUGAUUCGCACGGAUAUAUGCGAUAAUGCAGAACUGGUUGUACAAGAAUCGCCAGUUGAUCGAGCUAUAUUUAUGCAGUGGCAGGAUGACAACAGACAAUUUGUUUCAACACGAGCUUGUAAAGCAGUAGAAAAGCUCAUAAAAAGUCAGAACCUGGUGGUUGUGACUGGUAACUCGGGGUCAGGGAAGUCCGCCAUUAUACAACAUAUAGCGUUGUGGUUUAGGAGUCAAGGAUGGAAGGUGAAACCCGUAUAUAACGUGAAAGAAAUCGCUGAUACAUAUUCCUCAGUAGAUGGAUCACAAAGCAGACUCCUUUUUGUAUUCAAUGAUCCUAUUGGCAACGAAUCUUUCGACGAAAUAGCCUAUAAUUCAUGGAAGGAACACGAUGAAAGGUUAAAAGCUUUUUUAAAAAAUAGCAAGAUGUUGCUCUCAAGUAGAAAAUAUAUUCUGUUUGAUGAUAGGGUUAAAGGAAUGUUAAACGAUAAAUCAUGCAGCAUUGAUCUUAGUGAAGACAAACAUAAACUGAAUAAUGAAGAAAAAGAAACCAUUUUAAGGAGUUACGCAUCAAACAGUGGUCUUUUAAAAGACGAUAUUAGUGGAAUUUUGACGACUGAGGAGUAUUUUCCGUUAUUAUGCAAACUUUAUUUUAGCGACGAAAAUAACCAGACAAUAGGACCGCGAUUUUUUAAAGAACCUUUUAACGUAUGUCAGGAACAAAUAAGAAAUUUCAGAAAUGACCCCAAAAAGGGAUGCAACGAAAAAUACUGUGCGCUUGUUCUUCUUGUUCUGUGUAACAAUCAGCUUUGUGUUGAGGAUAUACAUGAAAAGGAUUGCUUAAAGGAAAAAUUUGAACUUGCUUUGAAACUCUGUGGAAUGAUGGCAAACACAGCAUCUCAUAUUAUUGGUGACGCUCUGAAGACUCUAGAGGGAUUUUUUGUCAAGAAGAUUGACGACACCUAUCAUUUUUAUCACGAUUUUGUUAUGGAAGUUACCACCUAUGUGUUUGGAACAGACUAUCCGAGAGAAACAAUAAAGUAUGCAGAUAUUGGUUUCCUUAGACGACGUGUAAACUUAAAAAGCAGUGACGACAAUAGAAAAGAAGAAGUUGAUAAAUUUACCAUAUAUCUAAAUGAUAAAUAUGUAAGCGAUCUAGCGGAUAGACUUUUUAAUGAUGUGUUUGGAGAUCGUCUGUUGGAUGUUGUUCUAAAUCCAUGUGUGAGGAAUGAGAAGGUGGCUACAUGUUUCAUACAAAAAUUAAAAGAAUGCCCCAAAAAACUGCACAACUUACUUGCCAAAAAACAGCUUCACGAAGAGUUAAGAAAACAAAAAAACAAUCAAGAAUCAAAACAGUCAUUCGGUUCCAAACUUGAAUUUCUGUUUUAUGAAUAUAAAGUGCAAAUUCUUAGUGCUAUAAUUGUAUUUUGUCAUACAGAUGUUUCAAAACAUUGUUUAGAAACUCUACAGCGAAUGCAAAAUUCUCUUAAAUAUACUUCUCUUUUUUCUGCGGUAUGUUGCAAUGGUUCGAUGGAUUUGUUCAAUGUCUUUCCAAAAGAACAAAUUAAAUGGUUUUUGGUAAAAAAAUGGGGGCAAUACAAUCCUAUUCACAUUGUUUCCCAGUUUCAUAAUCAUGAAAUAUUGCGGGAGCUGAUUCAGGUGAGGAAUAAUGUGAAUUUGAAAACCAGGGGGAUAUAUGAAUACACUCCCUUGAUGCUGUCAGUUUUUAAUACGGACACAAGCGAACACAAAAAUAAGGAAACAAGAAAUCAGUCAAUUGAUAUCACUGUUGAACUUUUACUGACUCAUGGAGCUGAAAUUAAUUUAUGUGAACAUUUCGCAGGGAGUCCUCUCCAUAUAGCAAGUCAAAAAGGGAACGAUUACAUUGUAGAACUUUUGUUAAGUAAAGGAGCAGAUAUUAAUUUAUGUGACCUACACAAAGAAACUCCUCUCCAUAAAGCAAGUGAAGGAGGACAUGAAAGCACUGUGCAACGUUUAUUAGAAAAAGGAGCAGAUAUUCAUUCAUGUGCCCUAAAAGAAGAAACUCCUCUACAUAAAGCCAGUAAAGGAGGACAUGAUAGCACUGUACAACUUUUAUUAGAUAAAGGAGCAGAUAUUAAUUCAUGUGAUACAAACAAGGAAACUCCUCUACAUAAAGCCAGUGAAGGAGGACAUGAUAGCAUGGUACAACUUUUAUUAGAAAAAGGAGCAAAUAUUAAUUCAUGUGAUAAAAACAAGAAAACUCCUCUACAUAAAGCUAGUAAAGGAGGACAUAUAAGAACUGUACAACUCUUAUUAGAUAAAGGAGCAGAUAUUAAUUCAUGUGACAAACACAAAGAAACUCCUCUACAUAAAGCUAGUAAAGGAGGACAUCAAAUCACUGUGCAACUUUUAUUAGAAAAAGGAGCAGAUAUUAAUUCAUUUCAUACAGGCAAAGAAACUCCCCUACAUAAAGCCAGUAAAGGAGGACAUGUAAGCACUGUGCAACUUUUAUUAGAAAAAGGAGCAGAUAUUCAUUCAUGUGACCUAAAAGAAGAAACUCCUCUACAUAAAGCCAGUAAAGGAGGACAUGAUAGCACUGUACAACUUUUAUUAGAUAAAGGAGCAGAUAUUAAUUCAUGUGAUACAAACAAGGAAACUCCUCUACAUAAAGCCAGUGAAGGAGGACAUGAUAGCAUGGUACAACUUUUAUUAGAAAAAGGAGCAAAUAUUAAUUCAUGUGAUAAAAACAAGAAAACUCCUCUACAUAAAGCUAGUAAAGGAGGACAUAUAAGAACUGUACAACUCUUAUUAGAUAAAGGAGCAGAUAUUAAUUCAUGUGACAAACACAAAGAAACUCCUCUACAUAAAGCUAGUAAAGGAGGACAUCAAAUCACUGUGCAACUUUUAUUAGAAAAAGGAGCAGAUAUUAAUUCAUUUCAUACAGGCAAAGAAACUCCCCUACAUAAAGCCAGUAAAGGAGGACAUGUAAGCACUGUGCAACUUUUAUUAGAUAAUGGAGCAGAAUUUACCAUGUGUGGCACAAACAAAGAAACUCUUCUGCUUACUGCUAGUGAAUUUGGACUUGAAAGCAUUGUGCAACGUUUAUUAGAAAAAGGAGCAGAUAUUCAUUCAUGUGACCUAAAAGAAGAAACUCCUCUACAUAAAGCCAGUAAAGGAGGACAUGAAGGAACUGUACAACUUUUACUAGAAAAAGGAGCAGAUAUUAAUUCAUGUGACACAAACAAAGAAACUCCUCUACAUAAAGCCAGUCAAUGGGGACAUGAAGGAACUGUACAACUUUUAUUAGAUAAUGGAGCAGAUAUUAAUUCAUGUGACAAAUACAAAGAAACUCCUCUACAUAAAGCCAGUAAAUGGAUAAAUGAAAGCACUGUACAACUUUUAUUAGAUAAUGGAGCAGAUUAUAAUUCAUGUGACACAAAGAAAGAAACUCCUCUACAUAAAGCCAGUGAACGGGGACGUGAAAGCUUUGUAAUACUUUUAUUAGAUAAUGGAGCAAAUAUUAAUUCAUGUGAUACAAACAAGAAAACUCCUCUACAUAAAGCUAGUAAAGGAGGACGUAUAAGAACUGUACAACUCUUAUUAGAUAAAGGAGCAGAUAUUAAUUCAUGUGACAAAUACAAAGAAACUCCCCUACAUAAAGCCAGUAAAGGAGGACAUCAAAGCACUGUGCAACUUUUAUUAGAAAAAGGAGCAAAUAUUAAUUCAUGUGACACAAACAAAGAAACCUCUCUGCAAAAAGCCAGUGAAGGAGGACAUGAAAGCACUGUUGAACUUUUAUUAGAAAAAGGAGCAGAUGUUUAUCCAUGUGACCUUAACAAAGAAACUCCUCUACAUAAAGCCAGUAGACGGGGACAUGAUAGCACGGUACAACUUUUAUUAGAAAAAGGAGCAAAUAUUAAUUCAUGUGACACAAACAAAGAAACUCCUCUACAUAAAGCCAGUAGACGGGGACAUGAUAGCACAGUACAACUUUUAUUAGAAAAAGGAGCAGAUAUUAAUUCAUGUGACACAAACAAAGAAUCUCCUCUUCAUAAAGCAAUUAAAUGUGGCUAUGAGAGCACUGUAAAGUUUUUAUUAAAUAAAGAAGCAGAGAUAACUAUGUGUGACACAAACAAAGAAACUCUUCUGCUUAAUGCUAGUGAAUUUGGACUUGAAAGCAUUGUGCAAUAUUUAUUAGAAAAAGGAGCAGAUAUUAAUUCAUGUGACACAAACAAAGAAACUCCUCUACAUAAAGCCAGUGAUAGUGGACAUAAAGGAACUGUACAACUUUUACUAGAAAAAGGAGCAGAUUAUAAUUCAUGUGACACAAACAAAGAAACUCCUCUACAUAAAGCCAGUGAAGGAGGACAUGAAAGCACUGUACAGCUUUUAUUAGAAAAAAGAGCAGAUAUUAAUUCAUGUGACACAAACAAAGAAACUCCUCUACAUAAAGCCAGUGAAUGGGGACGUGAAAGCAUUGUACAACUUUUAUUAGAAAAAGGAGCAGAUAUUAAUUCAUGUGAUACAAACAAAGAAACUCCUCUACAUAAAGCCAGUGCAGAAGGAGAUGAUAGCACUGUGCAACUUUUAUUAGAAAGAGGAGCAGAUAUUAAUUCAUGUGACCUUAACAAUGAAACUCCUCUACAUAAAGCCAGUGAAGGAGGACAUGAAAGCACUGUACAGCUUUUAUUAGAAAAAAGAGCAGAUAUUAAUUCAUUUGACACAAACAAAAAAACUCCUCUACAUAAAGCCAGUGAAGGAGGACAUGAAGAAACUGUGCAACUGUUAUUAGAAAAAGGAGCAGAUGUUAAUUCAUGUGACAAACACAAAGAAACUCCUCUACAUAAAGCCAGUGAAGGAAGACAUGAAAGCACUGUGGAACUUUUAUUAGAUAACGGAGCAGAUAUUAAUUCAUGUGACACAAACAAAGAAACUCCUCUACAUAAAGCCAGUGAAUGGGGACAUGAUAGCACGGUACAAUUUUUAUUAGAAAAAGGAGCAGAUAUUAAUUCAUGUGACACAAACAAAGAAUCUCCUCUACAUAAAGCAAUCAAAUGUGGCCGUGAGAGCACUGUAAAGUUUUUAUUAGAUAAAGGAGCAGAGAUUACUAUGUGUGACACAAACAAAGAAACUCUUCUGCUUAAUGCUAGUGAAUUUGGACUUGAAAGCACUGUGCAACUUUUAUUAGACAAAGGAGCAGAUAUAAAUUCAUGUGACAAAUAUAAAGAAACUCCUCUAGAUAAAGCCAGUAGACGGGGACGUGAAAGAACUGUACAACUUUUAUUAGAUAAAGGAGGAGAUAUUAAUUCAUGUGACCUAAACAAAAAAACUCCUCUACAUAAAGCCAGUGCAGGAGGACAUGAUAACACUGUGCAACUGUUAUUAGAGAGAGGAGCAGAUAUUAAUUCAUUUGACUUUAACAAUGAAACUCCUCUACAUAAAGCCAGUGAAGGAGGACAUGAAAGCACUGUACAGCUUUUAUUAGAUAAAGGAGCAGAUAUUAAUUCAUGUGACACAAACAAAGAAACCUCUCUGCAAAAAGCCAGUGAAGGAGGACAUGAAAGAACUGUGCAACUGUUAUUAGAAAAAGGAGCAGAUGUUAAUUCAUGUGACCUUAACAAAGAAACUCCUCUACAUAAAGCCAGUGAAGGAAGACAUGAAAGCACUGUUGAACUUUUAUUAGAUAAAGGAGCAAAUAUUAAUUCAUGUGACACAAACAAAGAAACUCCUCUACAUAAAGCCAGUAGACGGGGACGUGAAAGCACUAUACAUCUUUCUUUAAGUAACGGAAAAUAUUGUAAGGUAUGUCACUUAAAGAAAGAAACUCUUCUACAUAAAGCCAGUGAAUGGGGACAUGAUAGCACGGUACAACUUUUAUUAGAAAAAGGAGCAGAUAUGUAUUCAUGUGACGCAAACAAAAAAUUUCCUCUACAUAAUAUAAUUCAACAUUGCCCUGACAUCCCUGUUAAGUUUGUUUUAGAUAAGGGAGCAGAGAUUACUAUGUGUGACCCAUCCAAAGAAACACUUCUGCUUAAUGCUAGUGAAUUUGUUUUUGAAAGCAAUGUACAAUUUUUAUUCGACAAAGGAACAGAUAUUAAUUCAUGUGACAGAUUUAACAUAACUCUUCCACAUAAAGCCAGACGGGGACGUGAAAGAACUGUACAACUUUUAUUAGAUAAAGGAGCAAAUAUUAAUUCAUGUGACGCAAACGAAGAAACUCCUCUACAUAAAGCCAGUGCAGGAGGACAUGAUAGCACUGUGCAACUUUUAUUAGAAGAAGGAGCAGAUAUUAAUUCAUUUGACACAAACAAAGAAACUCCUCUACAUAAAGCCAGUGAAGGAGGACAUGAAAGCACUGUACAGCUUUUAUUAGAUAAAGGAGCAGAUAUUCAUUCAUUUGACAAAAACAAAGAAACUCCUCUACAUAAAGCUAGUGAAGGAGGGCAUGAAAGCACUGUACAUUGGUUAUUCGAUUUUCUAGAUAUUGAAAGUGAAUAUGAACAUGAAAGCACUGUACAACUUUUAUUAGAUAAAGGAGCAAAUAUUGAUUCAUGUAACACAAACAAAGAAACUCCUCUACAUAAAGCCAGUGAAAAGGGACAUAAAGGAACUGUACAACUUUUACUAGAAAAGGGAGCAGAUUAUAAUUUAUGUGACACAAACAAAGAAACUCCUCUACAUAAAGCAAGUAUACUGCGAAGUGAAGGAACUGUACAACUUUUAUUAGAUAAAGGCGCAGAUAUUUAUUUAUGUGAUAUAAACAAUGAAACUCCUCUACAUAAAGCCAGUGAAUGGGGACGUAAAUGCACUGUUCAACUUUUAUUAGAUAAAGGAGUAGAUAUUAAUUCAUGUGACACAAACAAUGAAACUCCUUUACAUAAAGCCAGUGAAUGGGGACGUAAAUGCACUGUUCAACUGUUAUUAGAAAAAGGAGCAGAUAUUAAUUCAUAUGACAACUACAAAGAAACCCCUUUGCAAAAAGCCAUUAGAACGGGACAUGAAAGCACGGUACAACUUUUAUUAGACAAAGGAGCAGAAAUUAAUUCAUGUGACACAAACAAAGAAACUCCUCUAUAUAAAGCCAGUGAAUGCUGACAUGGAAGCAUUAUUCAACUUUUAAUAGAUAAAAGAGCAGAUAUUAACUUUUGUGGCAAAAACAAACAAACUCCUCUACAUAUCACCGGUAAUUGGGGGCAUGAUAGCACUAUGCAACGUUUAAUAAAUAAAGGAGCCGACGUAAGUUUCCGUGAUGACGGAAAAACUCCUUUCCUUAGAUAAAGAACAAAAAGAAAAUACAUUUUACUAAAUUAUUGUUAUUUAGUAAAGCAGCAAACCUUAAGUCAUGUAUUGAUAAAAACAAACACAAAUUCUUUUACAUAUAGCCAGUGGAGAGGGACAUGAAAACACUGACAACUUUUAUUUGGUAAAGAAGUCAACUUUUAUUGAUGUAUUGAGGAAGGAUAAGCUUCACUUUAUAAAGCCAGUGAAGAGGAACGUGAUAGUAGUGUGAAGUUUAAAUAAGUCAAAACGCAGACAUUAAUUUAUGUGAUCAACACAAACAAACUUCUCUUCAUAAAGCCAGUAACCAGAAACCGGAAAUAAUUGAUUUUCAAUUUUUACUGAGUAAGGUAGCAAACGUAAAUUUAAGUAAUUUAUUCCAAGAAACUUAUUUGCAUAAAGU